GUUUCUCUACAGUGGUGACUUUGUUGCUGCUGAGACUCAGAGUCCACUAAUCAUCGGUCUAGUUUCUCCGCAGUCACUUUCAUGCGUGCUGAAAGAAACCGGUGGUUAGGACAUUCGGGGUUCCACUGAUUUCUCUUUGCCCUGGAUCUUGAAAACAAACAGCGAUUUUGAAGAUGGACGGGUCCAAUCACACACUUUUUGAUCCGAGAUGCAGACAUGAUCCUCCCUUCGCAAUCGAUGUUAUUAUGCAGCUGGACAUCUUUGGCAUAGUUCUCUUCUCUGUGCUUACUGUAAUGGCCACAGUGUCCAUGCUGGUUUUCAUUGAAGAAUGCAUCUACAUCUAUAAGAAAGUACCCGCAAACAAGAAAAGUAUAAUCAUAUGGGUAACUGGAGCAGCACCGGUCAUUGCUACCACGUCUUGUUUGGGCAUGUGGGUUCCGAGAGCCACAAUGUUCACUGACAUGACCUCAACCACAUACUUUGCAAUUGUGAUCUUUAAGUUCCUGAUUCUUAUGAUUGAAGAGGUCGGAGGGGACGAUGCACUUCUUCAACGCUCUGAGAAAAAGUCAUUUAAGAUCAGCACAGGACCCUGCUGCUGCUGCUGCCCAUGCCUGCCAGACGUUGCUGUCACACGACGAUCUCUGUUCAUAUUGAAACUGGGGUCCUUCCAGUUUGCUCUGUUAAAAUUGGUCUUGACCAUCCUUUCGAUUGUCCUCUGGACCAAUGGUAACUUUAAUGUAGGCGAUGUGGCGAUGAAUGGAGGAGUCAUAUGGAUAAACUGUUUUCUAGGCUUUGUCCUUGUUGUUGCACUUUGGCCUGUUGCAAUCAUGUUCAUGCAUGUGCGAGUGUCAUUACGCACACUUAAAAUCAUCCCUAAAUAUGCCAUGUAUCAGUUGGUGCUGAUUCUCAGCCAGCUGCAAAGUGCCAUAAUCAACAUAUUGGCAAUCAAUGGCACUAUUGCCUGCGCUCCACCCUACACCUCCCAGGCCCGUGGAUACUUGAUGAGUCAGCAACUGUUGAUCAUAGAGAUGUUCAUCAUUACACUAGUGACUCGGAUUUUAUAUAGACGCCAGUAUGACCCCAUACCAGAAGAGGACAGCGAUGAGUCAAAGACUGCCCUUUCCUCAGAAAAAACAGUGGAUAUUGCCUGAGAAGAACAAACUGUUGCAUGUGAAUGAGACUAUAUAAUAUAUUGGAGGACAUUGUUGUACAAAGUGAAUUGUGAACAAUGAAGGUCAUUAUCUUUGUAUUUUCUUUAUAAAUCAGUGUAUAAGGCCACUAUAAGCUUGUAUUAACUAGACUGUGCCAAAUCUGUUGUUUUAUUGAUGUUACUGAAAGUUAAUGGGCCACAAAAUUUGAGUGUAAAGUCAAUCAUGACUUUGAAGGCGCUGACAUUGAUGUUUACACUUCAUAAAACUCAAGUUAUCAAUUUGUAUUGAGCACACUGCAACAUCCAAACCAGUGGAAUGGGUUUCUUUUUUUGUUUUUGUUCCUUACAGUGUAACUUCCUUAUGAUGCUUGGCUGUCGGUAUUGUUUUAUAUUGUUUAUUGUUGAUGGGACAGCAUUGAGUCAUCAUAGUCCAAAUUCCUGAUGAACUGAGAUAAAGUCUUUUAUAUUAGUUAAUGAUACAUAGGACUUUUGGAAUUGUAAAAAGGUUAAAUGGGAUUAAUGUAUGUUGCUCUGUUUACCUUUUUUAAAAUCUGUCACUUCAAACUAUUGAAUACAGAUUUGUUCAAUAAUCAUGUAAUUCAUCUGCAUACAUUACUGACAGGCAACACAAUAAGUGUAUACAGCUAUGUACAGUUGAAGUCAGAAGUUUACCUACACCAUAGCCUAAUACAUUUAAACUUAAGUUUUUCCACAAUUCCUGGAAUAUAAUCUUAGAAAACAUUCCCUGUCUUAGGUCAGUUAGGAUCACUAAUUUAUUUUAAGAAUGUGAAACAUCAGAAUAAUAGUAGAGAGAAUGAUUUAUUUCAGCUUUUAUUUCAUUUCUUUUAUCACAUUCCCAGUGGGCCAUAAAUUUACAUACAAUUUGUUAGUAUUUGGUAGCAUUGCCUUUAAAUUGUUUAACUUGGGUCAAACAUUUUGGGUAGCCUUCAACAAGCUUCUCACAAUUAGUUGCUAGAAUUUUGGCCCAUUCCUCCAUACAGAACUGGUGUAACUGAGUCGGGAUUGUAGGCCUCUUUGCUCGUACGUACAUUUUCAGUUCUGCCCAAAAAUGUUCUAUCGGAUUGAGGUCAGGGCUUUGUGAUGGCCACUCCAAUACCUUGACUUUGUUGUCCUUAAGCCAUUUUGCCGCAACUUCUUCUUGAGAUGUUGCUUCAAUAUAUCCACAUAAUUUUCCUUCCUCGUGAUGCCAUCUAUUUUGUAAAGAGCACCGGUCCCUUCUGCAGCAAAGCACCCCCACAACAUGAUGCUGUCGUCCCCAUGCAUCAUGGUUGGGAUGGUGUUCGUCAGCUUGUAAGCCUCACCCUUUUUCCUCCAUAGACAUAAUGAUGGAAAUUAUGGCCAAACAUUUAAAUUUUUGUUUCAUCAGACCAGAGGACAUUUCUCCAAAAAGUAAGAUCUUUGUCCCCAUGUGCACUAGCAAACUGUAAUCUGGCUUUUCUAUAGAGGUUUUGAAGCAGUGGCUUCUUCCUUGCUGAGCAGCCUUUCAGGUUAUGUCAAUACAGGACUGUUUUUACUGUGGAUCAGGGCCGGAGCAAGGUAAUCUGGGCCCCCGACUGUAUAUUGCUCUGGGCCCCUUUCCUAUUAAAAAAUACAGUUUAGAAUUUUUUGUGGGGCCCUCUGUACAUUUGGGCCCCAAGAAUCAUUACCACCUUUCACCCCACUAGCUAUGGCCCUGCUGUGGAUAUAGAUACUUGUCUGCCUGUUUCCUCCAGCAUCUUCACAAUGUCCUUUGCAGUUGUUCUGGGAUUGAUUUGCACUUUUCGCACCAAACUACAUUCAUUUCUAGGAGACAGAAUGCGUCUCCUUCCUGAGCAGUAUGAUGGCUGCGUGGUCCCAUGGUGUUUAUACUUGCGUACUAUUGUUUGUACAGAUGAACGUGGUACCUUCAGGCGUUUGGAAAUUGCUCCCAAGAAUGAACCAGACUUGUGGAGGUCCACAAUUUUUUUUUCUGAGGUCUAGGCUGAUUUUUUUGAUUUUCCCAUGACGUCAAUGUCAAGCAAAGAGGCACUGAGUUUGAAGGUAGGCCUUAAAUUACAUCCACAUGUACACCUCCAAUUGACUCUAAUAAGCCAAUUAGUCUAUCAGAAGCUAAUUUGGCUAAUUGCCUAAAGGCUUGACAUCAUUUUCUGGAAUUUUCCAAGCUGCUUAAAGGCACAGUUAACUUAGUGUAUGUAAGUUUCUGACCCACUGGAAUUGUGAUAUAGUCAAUUAAAAGUGAAACAAUCUGUCUGUAAACAAUUGUUGUAUAAAUUACUCGAGUCAUGCACAAAGUAGAUGUCCUAAACUUGCCAAAACUAUAGUUUGCUAACAUGAAACCUGUGGAGUGGUUAAAAAAUUAGUUUUAAUGACUUCAACCUAAGUGUAUGUAAACUUCUGACUUCAACUGUACAUAUACAUACAUGCAUACAUACAGAAAACAAUGUAAACAAGUAAAUAAUAAUAAUAAAAAAACGUAUGCACAUUGGCUGUUCUGUAACCUAAA